AUGCAACCAGAAUCUUCCUGCCACGUGGUGGCCAUGCCGUAUCCUGGCCACGGCCACAUCAAUCCGAUGAUGAACCUCUGCAAACUAGUGGCUGGAAAGAGCAACAGUAUUCUAAUUACCAUCGUACUGACUGAGGAGUGGCUCGGCUUAAUCGGCUCCACAACCAAGCCGGAUAACAUCCGCUUCGCCACGAUUCCAAACGUCAUACCGUCGGAGCAUGUUAGAGGAUCCGACCCGAAGGGAUUCGUCAUGGCUGUGUGGAACAAAAUGGAAGAGCCAUUCGAGAGGCUCUUGGACGAGCUUCAGCUUGCUCCAACUCUGAUUAUUGCCGACGUCUCCGUUCCAUGGGCGGCCGAUGUGGCAACUCGAAGGAAUAUUCCUUUGGCUGCACUCUGGCCGAUGUCGGCGUUGUUGUUUUCGGUGAUUUACCAUUUUGACCUUAUCGUCGAACACGGCCACUUCCCGGUCAAUUUAUCUGUGAACGGAGAUGAUAUCAUCGACUACAUUCCAGGCCUCUCUCCUAUUCGCGCAAGGGAUCUUCCCACGAUAGUAAGGUUCAAGGAAGAGUCCGAAUACUACUUGAAAUUCCUUUUACGAGUUUUUGAUAAAGCAAAAUGUGUCGUGUUCACUUCUAUUUAUGAGAUUGAAUCUAAAGCCAUUGAAGCUAUGAAGGCAAAAGCUUCAUUUUCAAUCUAUACGAUUGGCCCCGCCACAACAUACUUCAAAGUUAAAGACUCACACUCGAGUACCAUUAGUAGCAAUGGUGAUCUUAAUUACAUGACAUGGUUGAAUCUUCAGCCUCCAAAUUCGGUUUUGUACAUUUCAAUGGGGAGCUACCUCUCCAUUUCGACGUCUCAAAUGGAAGAAAUUGAGGCUGGAUUGCGUGGAAGUGGGGUGCGUUUCUUGUGGGUGGCACGAGGUGCAACAAUGUUGCGAUUACAAGAGAUUUGUGGAGAAAAAGGGUUGGUGGUGCCUUGGUGUAAUCAAUUGAGUGUGCUAUGUCAUCCUUCCGUUGGAGGAUUUUUGUCACACUGUGGUUGGAAUUCGACUAAAGAAGCUAUUCUAGCCGGUGUACCCAUGCUUACUUUCCCUAUCAUGAACGAUCAAGUUCCCAAUGCUAAGAUGAUUGUUGAAGACUGGAAAUUUGGAUGGAGGGUAAAGAGAGAAUUCGAGGAGGAAAACUUGACGACGAGAGAAGAAAUUAAACAACUUGUGCAGAGGUUUAUGAGCUUAGAGAGUCGAGAGAGGAAACAACUCGAAGAAAAGGCUAAAGAAAUUCAAAAAGUUUGCGAGAGAGAAUUUGCAGAUGGCGGAUCAUUCCAAAACAACAUAGAUAGUUUUACAAAGUCGAUUGUGCAACACUAUCCUCAUUGA